CCGACAAUCCUUUACACCGGAAGAUCCUCUUCUUGUCCGUCACGGAGUGACCUACGUAGACGUCUUUUUGCCCCCUCUUCAUUUUCUUGUUCGGCGAACAAAAUGUUGGGUUGGCACUCAUUACUGGCGAUGUUCCGGAGAUCGUCAUCUAUUUUGUAGACUUUUUGACUGUGCCGCUGAGGCCUUUGGUAAGCAGGAAGGAUGCCGGUGGAGAUCGGCACCGGCGGUGCCACCGGCACCAACAUUGGCACUGGCGGAGGCGUGGUCCGGCAGGCCAAGCAGAAGAGGAAGUCACACAGUCUGUCCAUACGCAGGACCAACAGCACAGACCAGGAACGAUCUGGCUUCCUGCAAAGGGACAUUCAGCUGGACACGCAGGACUCCAAGCUGCCGGUAUCUCUGAGGAGCAACCUGGUGGACCUGUUCAGUCAAAUCGAGAGGGAGUUUGAGCACCUUUACAUUGAAAACCUCGAACUCCGCCGAGAAAUCGACACAUUGAACGAGCGUUUGGCUGCCGACGGACAGACGGUGGAGGGCGUGGACUUGACCAAAGGAGCGCUGAAAACAAAGACGAGUCACAGUACCAGUCAGCUGUCCCAGAAACUGAAGACAACCUACAAGGCAUCCACGAGCAAGAUUGUGAGCAGUUUCAAAGCCACCACGUCCCGAGCCGUAUGCCAGCUCCUCAGAGAGUAUGUGGGCCACCGAGACGGCAUCUGGGACCUCAGUGUGACGCGGAUACAGCCCACCGUGCUCGGGACCGCAUCUGCAGACCACACGGCCAUGUUGUGGAGCAUUGAGACGGGCAAAUGUCUCCUUAAGUAUCUGGGCCACCAAGGAUCAGUCAACUCCAUCAAGUUUCACCCCACUGAGCAGAUGGCGCUAACAGCCUCCGGUGACCAGACAGCUCAUGUGUGGCGCUUCCUGGUGCAGCUGCCCACACCGCAGCCUGUCACCGAUGUCACCCAGCCCUGCGAGGACGACGUGGACUUCUCCGACAAAGACGACGCAGACACGGAAGCGGACGGGCCCAACGAGUGCCCGUCGGUGCGCGUGGCCAGCACCACGUUGCGCAGCCACCAGGGCGUGGUGAUCGCCGCAGACUGGCUGGUAGGCGGCAAGCAGGUGGUGACGGCGUCCUGGGACCGGGCAGCCAACCUCUAUGACGUGGAGACGUCAGAGCUGGUGCACUCGCUCACCGGUCACGACCAGGAGCUGACGCACUGCUGCACUCACCCCACCCAGCGACUUGUCGUCACCUCAUCCAGGGACACCACCUUCAGGUUGUGGGACUUCAGAGACCCGUCCAUACACUCUGUCAACGUCUUCCAAGGUCACACGGACACGGUGACAUCAGCCGUGUUCACAGUGGGUGACAACGUGGUGUCGGGCAGCGACGAUCGCACCGUUAAAGUGUGGGACCUGAAGAACAUGCGCUCACCCAUCGCCACCAUCCGCACGGACUCGGCCGUUAACAGGAUCAGCGUGUCGGCUAGUCAGAGGAUCAUCGCUCUCCCGCACGACAAUCGGCAAGUCCGACUCUUCGACAUGUCCGGCGUGCGCUUGGCCAGACUACCGCGGAGCAAUAGACAGGGCCACCGGCGUAUGGUGUGUUGCUCGGCAUGGUGCGAGGACAAUGCCUCGUGCAACUUGUUCACGUGCGGCUUCGACCGGCAGGCCAUCGGCUGGAACAUCAACAUCCCGGCCUUACUGCUGGAGAAGUGACCCCCGCCAAGCAUGCCGCCCAACCGACCCCCUGGAAUCUUGCCUGGCUUUGCUUGUCGACGCGCCACGUGAGUUUUCAUGCGUCCGAAAAGGGCGUAAAUGCAACUGCUCGGCUUCUCGAGCGGGAACUGGCAGCAAUGUACACUGAGCACUGUGUGUGUGCGUGUGUGAGUGUGUGUGCGCGUGUUAAAAUGAGUCCUCCAUCAAAACAGGUUGCCAUUGAUGGAAAAACAAGCACAACCCGCUUCCGUGCACAAAGCCUCACAACAGUUGUUUGGGUUUAUUGUCGUCGAGAACAAUGACAACUAUUGCCCAUUUUUUCUUCUCAAGGUACACAAUCCCGCGUCGUAACAUUAGCUGCACAACUACAAAAAUGUAGUGAAAUCCUUGCGACUGUGUGUGGAAUGUCCGAGUCAAACCAACAUGGCCGACUUCCUGUACCGUUUUGGGCAUGGGUCCUUCUGUACUGAUGAUCGAUACAUCCACCAAAUUCCAUGUAGAUUGGUGACGCAAGUGCGGACAGCUAAAUCUUUUAUUGGCGCGCGACUAUAUUUGAAAUGGUUGUUUUAAACCACAGUAGGCAACUUCCUGUUCAAUUCUGGCCACUUAGACUUUUGUGUGCAUCCUGUUUCAGAUAGAAAUGGUCAAUGAAUUUUGUGUCACUCGGUAGUAUCCACAAUGUCACACGUGUCACUGUUCUAUUUAUUUACAUAUUUAUUUCCCUUUAAAGUUCGGGCCCCUAAGAUACAAACAUUUUCAGCAAGAGGAAUAAGCUUGCAAAAAUAUCCGUUGGACUCUAUGAUUUUUUUUUUUUAUACUGCAAACUGCGGGCAAAAAAAAAGAACAAAUACUUCAAUAAAGUAAAUCUCCGAACUGUAAGUAAUAUUUGUAAAUUUCCGCAUGUGUCCCUAAUGUUGUGGCCAGAGAUCUGCACAUUAGUUUGCCCCAGGUGGCAAAAGUUAGCUGCAGUUGCUGCAUAUGGUCCGUUUUGAGUAUUUCGGAAGUCGCGACGUACCUGAACAGUGUUCAUCUAAUUGCUCAGUUUGUAUUAGUAGUUAAUGGGCUGCCCCCUGCUGGUCUGUAGUAUCAUGUACGAUUAGUUCUGAUAGGGGAAAAAAAACAGUAAAGAUGUGAAAAUUGUCUUCAUGGUGCUAGAACGACUUAAAAUAGUGUGUGUGUGUGCGUGUGCAUGGGCGUGUGUUUAAACAUUGCAUACUUACUGCCUUGUGCGGGAAACAUGAACAACUAGACGAAAGUGUAUAAAACGUGUAAAAAGUCUUCAAUAUCACAACUUUUCUCUUUUGGAGGACUUUCAAGUGCCAAAAUUAAAUCAAUCCAUAAACCAGUCAACAAGUCCACCAUUAAAUAAAUCAUUCCGGUAUGAAUUUAUCACAAUUAGAAUUUAGUGCAUAUACGUCUUAUUAAAUGUGACAUUGUUUCUUGAAAAUACCAACCGACAUUAUGUCGGAAAAGCUGAUAAUGUCACAGUUUAAAACUAAAUUGUGAAAUAAUUUGAUGCCCACUUUUUUGUUUAUGUUAAAUUAAUUGGUAGUUUAUUGAAUUAAUUAUGUAACUGUUACAUAUUGGCACUUCUUAGUCCUCCAUAGUCUGUUUGCAUCAUGAAUGAGAUGUAAUCUCUCUCUCUCACUCUCACACACACACACACACACACACACACAUAUAAAACUGCUAAGAUUUUUAUUUUGUGCUUAUUAGCCACUUUAACCCCAAAUUGCUAUUUGACGCUCGUGAUCAACAUUUAAAAACACGCGCACACACCCAAAAAAAAGGUUACAGAAUACAUAUUUAAUGUGCAACCAGUCACUUAAUUCAGUUGGAUGCUCAGUCUUAUUAUUGCUACGCUCUUGUUCAAUAACCACUAAUAAUAAAAACAUUUUUAAAUGAGACGACAAGCAGCCAUGUGGUUUUGACGUCAACAUGGUCAUGUUGUAAACGUUUGUUUCCUUUCUAGCGGUCUUUUAUGGGGGGGAAAAAAGCUCUCCUCCACCCUGUCGUAUGUGAAAAUAAAGCCAGUAAAAUGCUGCUAUUUAGUGCGCUUUUGUUAUCAAUGUUAUUGUAACGAUGUCACUUUGUUAUGCAUCAAUCCAAAUAAAACUACACUAGUUGACCGACA